AUGCUCGAUACCCUUCCGAUCAAAGAAAAGGUGGGUAACACGUCACCUUCAAGCUUCACGAGUAUUUCGACAGACCAUCAACGGUCCCCAUGGCAAACUGAUUUGAGAGAAUCAGCCGAAGGGAUUCAACCCGAAAUGUCCACUACAAGGCCUCCACCUUUGAGUAACAACGAUCUGGCUGUUCGAUUGCAGCAAGCUGCCGAAAGAAGCAUCGGUGACCAGAGUGAUAGAUUCGCUCUCCCGCAAUUUCGCCAAUUGUCUAUAGACUCCGAAUGGGCUCAAGAACUCGCAAACACAUUAUCAGCUUCGCAACGGCGAUUGACUGAUGCAGAGACAAUCGGAGAUUCUGCCCGUGCUCUUCGGGAUCGACUUACUCAAAUUUUCGAAUAUCAAGCUAAGAUAAAAGAGUCUAUGCAGCUCGGGGGGUUCACCGAAAAUCUACUUGAAGAGGCUCUGAAUUUGGUUCGCAGUGGGGAAGAAUGGGAUUUCGAAAGGUUAUAUCGGUGUGCAGACAGGACUCUCAAGCUUGAGCAAUCUUCUGAUGUCGAAGAUACCAUCCGACUAUUGAAUAUGGUUGAAGAGUGGAAGAGGGAUGGCGGGGUUUCUAAGACGGUAAAAAGGAAAGCCAGCUUCAAUUCAUCAACGGAGAUCCGCGAAUGCCCAAUUGCUGCUGAUUCAUCAUCAGACACUAUCCAAGCUGACACCGUCGCGAUUUCCGACGAUUCCAAGACCAAGGGUGGAACACUCACUGUGUCAGAUAUCCUUGAUAGUACCAACUCUUCCUCGAGACACCCACUCGCUGUCGAGCUGAUGAACUACGCAUCGGCUGAUGCUCACAAACAUCAAAAGACUAGGGUUCGAGAGAUUAUCCAAUCCCUGGCGAAUGAUCAUGAAUUGACUGAUUUCCGAGCAGAAUGUAUCGAUGCGAUCGAUUAUAGCAUGGAUAAAAACAUGGCUUCAGAGCUCGACAGUCUUGCAAAAAACAUAAAGCCUACAACUGAGUAUUUCUACAAGAAACCAGGGGAAAGCAUUCGAACGGAUGUGACAGAGAAUCGAGCCAGUUCAGUAGCUAGUACCUUGAAGGAUGUGUCGAGAAAAGUCAAUUCAUUACUACGCGUGGACCCUUCUGCUUUAGAGAGUGUUGGAUCCGAUUUGAUCGAGUUGUCGAAACUUUUUCAAACGCUACAAGAUCGAGCCGAGGAAAUGGGUAUCAAGGAGUAG